AUGUUCCUCUUUCCUUUAUUGUUGGUCCUAAUUAAUUGUGCAUAUUCCUCGGACAAAUUUAAACCUAUACUGACUGCCAAAAUCGAGGAUUUCCCACACCAUGUGUCGAUAUACGAAACAUCAUACGAUAUACCUGUAUACCUCUGCAGCGGAGCCCUCCAUAGAAGGAACGCCGUAAUUACGUCCGCUUUCUGUGUAGAAAACAGGCCUGCAGGAAUCUUGGCUGUUCACGCUGGUUCGGCGGAUCGCAAAGCUAGACCAAACAAGUACCCAGUUAAAAAGGUCAUCUUUCAUCCUGGAGUUGACUGGUACACCACUGAGAGCAUCGCCAUCCUGAUUCUAACUUAUCACUACCCGAAUUCUACAAAGAUACAUCCUAUCGAGAUAGCUCAGGACGAUGAAAUUACCUUUGAACAUCAAGGGACCACAAUUUCUAGUUGGGUAAAGAUGUUUGGGAGAUCUGAACAUUCGCAAAUGUUAAAAACUUGGCAGCUGAUUGCCAUACCGUCAAGGGAGUGCAACUCAAUUAAUGGAGUUCACGAUGACACUUUUUGUUGCUUUGCCUUUGACGCAUGCCCCGAUGCGUGCCCUUCGAGUGGAGAUCCACUAGUGAUUGAAGUGGAGCCUGAAAAUGGGAGUGAACCAGUUCAGAAAUUGCUUGGAAUUGCAUCGUUUAAUUCAUGGAUUGAAUGUGAUAAUGGAUUUGCUACACGUUUUAUAAAAAUUCCUUAUUUUGCAAACUGGAUUAAUUCAACGGUUGAAACAUUUCCUUGAGGAGUAAGUGGAAUAGGGAAAGCAAAGGUCACGAUUGUCCAUGACAAGGGUUUAAAUAAUUUUAUAUAAUUUCCAAAGAUCAGUUCCAGUUGCUUCUGAGAUUUCUUUAAAACUGAAUGUCAUCAGUUUAAAUAUAGUAAAUUUGCUGUU